GAAGAUCAUCAACAUACUAUGGCUAGCAUUACACAAGACCACAUCAAAGAUAUCAAUGACAGUAAAGAUACAUGGGCUAUUGUUGCUCGUGUUCUCAGACGGUGGAUUGCCUACAAGAAGACUCCACCCUACACACCCUGGAGGAUUGGCCUGCUUCUUGUGGAUGAGCUGGGUUAUAGAAUAGAGGGUUUUGUAACACAAAAAGGACUGUUUGAGCGUUACAAAAAUGAACCCAAAGAGGGUGGCGUAUACCACUUUGAAAACUUUGAGGUUGUUGACAAUGGAGAUCAAUACAAAGUUACAGCACAUUCGUGGAGGCUUAAGUUCCAUGCUACUACCUACUUUGAAGAAUUAGUUUUGCCAAUUCCUGGUGAGGCGUACAACUUUGUCCCCAUAAAAGAUAUUGCUGAAUUCACAACAAAGAAUGAGGGGCUGAUUGAUGUGAUGGGCUUCCUCCAUGGAUUUGGCGCCUUGCAAGAGUACAAGAAUGAGUUUGGAACUUCCAAGAGACUAAACCUCACUCUUGCUGACAAAAAUGAACGCACAAUAAAUGUGGUGCUAUUUGGUACUUGCGCAGUCAACACAUUUAACAGCAAGAGUCAUGAACUCCAGCCCCCUAUUGUUGUGAUGGUUAGGUUUGGCAGGCUUAACAAGCCUACGGCACAUGGUCACAUUACCAAUGUGUUCGAAGCAACCAAGGUUUCAUUCAAUCCUAACAUUCUAGAGGCGCAACUUUUACUACAAAGCCUUGAUGAAACACUUGGAGGGAGCCAACGUUUCUCUCAGGUAACAAAUGCCGAUUAUAGGCUUCUUGACAAUGAGUCCCUGUUAACUUUUCCAACAAGGAUCCAUGUGGCUGAACUCUCCAAAAUUAACAAGGCAUGUGAGGUUGUGAUCAAGGUUUUUGUUCAGAAAGUUGAAAUCGCUUACGGCUGGGCUUACGAUGGAUGCGCAUGCGACAGUAAACCAUCACAAGAAAAUGACAAACUUCAAUGCAAAACUUGUAAUAAUGACGUUUUGGUCACCACGCCGAAAUUUAAGGUCCAUUAUAAGGUGUUUGAUUCAACGGGUAAAUGUUCAGUCAUAUUUUUCAAUCGUCUUGCUUCUAAUCUCAUUGGCUUCUCAGCUGAGGAGCUAAAGGAAAAGAGAAAAAAAAAACAAGGUUCUUUUCCUGAAGAACUAAGCAAUUGCGUGGGUCAAGAAAUGCUUAUCAAGCUCAAAAUCAAGGAAAACAACAUCAAGUUUCGAAAUAGCAGUAUUGGAGUAACCCAGUACACUACUGAUAAGGAGCUGCUACAUCGGUUUACUUAUUCUGACAUUAAGGGAAGUCAACUUAACGUAACUAAUAAUGUUACUUUUGAGCAGUCCGCAGUUGAGUCUUCUGUCUCACAGCAACCAACAACGUCAUCAUCAAGUGGCAUAGUGAGUGAGGACGGUGACGCUCCAGUAUCUCAGUUGCUUGCCUCUCCGGAUUUAUUGUCCAAACGUAAAACAUACACGGCUGAUACCUUUAUUGAUGUUGAUGAGAUGCGACUGUCUAACCACUCAACUUCGAACUCCAGCUAUAUGAAGCUACUGAAGAACAUUAAAAGGGAAGAGUGA